AUGUAGACCUCUCAAGGUCUAUUUUAAGCCUAUCCUUAGUAAUCUUCUAUGAUAAUCAAGCCUCAUAAUAUGAUUCCUCAGGUUGGAGAAUAUGAUAGCUUAAACAAUUAAAUAAGCGAUCUAGUUUUGCGAUAAACACAACAAUAAAUCUAGCAAUAAUAGCUCUAAUAGUAGCAUCAUCCUUAAGUUUAGUAGCCUAUGUAACUUCCACUUCCAACAGCUUCAGAUUCUGGUGUUAGCGUAAUGCACGAUGAAUUUUCAGAUGAAGAAAAUAUGAAUAGCUGUGCUCACAAUAUUGAUGGUAAUUUUGAUUUUAGAGAUGUCGAACUCGACAACUUAGAACUCAACAAAGAUGAAAUUAGAAAAAUGAAUGAUCCAAAAUUUGCCUUCAAUUUUAGCUAUUAUCCAAGGCAUUUUAAAAAUAUGCAUGAAGCUCUUGAUGUAUAUAAUAGUAAUGGAUAUCUCAAUAAAAUCCAAUUCAGGCUAUAUGAGCAUUAGAGAAGCGAGCCUGAUAUGAAUGGAAACUGCUAGACUCAAUUUUUCUCACUAUCAUGUUAUUUAAGAAACCAACCUAAAUAUGAUACCAAGUACUAUCAAUAUGAUCAAGGCAGAUUACCUAAAGUUUCUAAUUGCAAUGUAAAUGUAAGAUUUGUAUGGAACGAGAUGGAACAGAGGUUUGAUAGAGUGGAGCAAUUCAAAUACGUUCAUGAUCAUAGAUUAGAAUUAGACGAGAGAUGUUUUCUGGAGAAUUAUAUUCUAAGAGACAUUAAGCAUUACGUUAUGGACAACAUUGAUAUUUAAGUUAGUGAAGUCAUUCAAAAGAUUUAUUAGUAAUACUAAAGAAGGCUAAGGCAUUUAGAUGUACUGAAUGCUUUAAAAUUGAUUAAGGGUGAUGUUAAGCUUGACAUAAAAUAACUAGCAAAUGACAUUGAGGCAGUUUAAUAAAAGUAUCCAGAUACUUACAUUAAACUUAAAACUGGCACUCCAGUGGUUGUAUUCUUCUAAAGCUAAGAUAUGCUUGAGACAUACAGAUUGUAUCGUGAUGUAAUGCUAGUAAGUGUGAGUAAGAAGAGAAAGAAUAAGUAUGGAAUCUUCUAGAUACAUAUGACUGGCAUUAAUAAUUUUGGUAGAGCUGUAGUAUUUGCUACUGGUUUUACCAAUAUUAAGUGCAAAGAGGCUUAUCAACUUAUUUUCAAGUAGUUUAAUUAAAGAUGUCUGGACAAUGACAUUCAGUUGCCUGAUGUGCUGAUUACAAGUUUAGAGUAAGAUAUUUUAGAUGCCAAGUAGGAAGUUUUUCUAAACUCAAGACAUUUAAUUUCCCAACAUUACUUACUUUUGGCUGCAAAAGAAGCUUUAAAUCCAUAUAAAAAGAGAAUGGAUUUUGAUUUUUCAGUUGCUCAGGAAUUUUUCGAGAAAAUCGUCAUUGAAACUGAUAAUGAGAGAUUCAACUAGCUUUAACAAGAAAUCCUCAAGAUGAUUGGAGUUCUCGAUCCCAAUUUGUAAACUGAGAUCAUUAGAAUUUUCGAUAAUUCUGAGAAAUGGUCAAUUAGAUCGUUUGAUAAACUUUUCACAGCAGGUCUACAUUCUAAUGAAAGAGCUGCAUCAGUUGAGGGAUUUUUUAAAACAUAGCAUAAAUAUGAACACUCAAUGAUGGAUGUCAUUGAUCUGGCUAAGAGAUUAUCUAUGAGAGAAUGCUGUCUUGAAACAAACUCAAAAGAAGCUCAUUCAUAUUUCCUUCACCCUGUCUAUAUUUAAAUGAAGAGGAGAUUUAGUCCAUAUGCACUUUCUCUGAUGCUACAUUAAAUGAUUGAAUCCUAUAAAUAUACAGCCUAAGACACCAGAAAUGAAUCUAUUUUCCUCAUAAAAACAGAUAAAAACUAAGAAUUCGAAGUUGAAAAAGAUAUUAUUACAAAAGCAAUUAGAUGCAGAUGCUAGUUUUAUUAUUUGAAUGAUAUGAUUUGUUCACACUCAUUUUGUCUUAUGAACGCACUCUAGAUCAAACAUAUCAGAAAUUUUGAUUACAUAAAGAGAUGGAGAGAUGAGAUUAACAUAGAUGAUCCAACUACGAGAGAUAUGUAGCAAAAAGCAAAGCAAUAGAAGAAGCUUUAAAACUUUAUUGAUAAACUAGCCGAGAAAAAUAGAAAUAAAAAGGCAAAGCAUAAAGGAGGCAUUGUGCCAGUCAGGAGACGUAAAGUCGAAGUCGACUACUAUCCAUCAGAUGAUAAUGAUGAUAUUAAAAUGGAAGAUAAUGAUGGCACCUCAGCUGAUGGCAGAAAAACAGCUAAGAUGUAUGAUCUAAUGGUUCCAGGUAGAAUGAAAUUAAAAGCGUUUACUAGGCAGGAAGAGGAAAAGCGAAAAAGAAUGCAUUAACUUACAAAAUAUGGAAGUGCCUAAGCCCUUGAAGAUAUCUAUGAUAGACUUCCUAAUGAUGGGCUUCAGAUGCCAGAUCUUUAAGACCUUAAUUUUUACUCAGAUGAGGAUGAUUCUAGUGAUGGAGCAGGCGAUGAAGUCAUUGAGGAAUUCAGACGAGAAACUUUAAAAGAUGAAGAAGCGAAAUAAAUUAAACUGGAAUAGCAAAGAUAAAAAGAGGCAGAAAGGGAAGAGCGAAGAAAGCAAAAGAAAAAGUCAGAUAAAAAGAAGAAAAAGAAGAAGGAUCGUUACAGACCAUAAAAAAAGAAGAAAUCUAAAAAGAAGCAUAGCGGCUCAAGCAGCAGUGGCAGCACCAGUGGUAGUGAGGACUCAGAUAAUAACUCAUAAAGCAAAAAGGAUAGAAGCAAAGAUGGCAAUACAGAUGAGCAAGUAAAGCCAAGAAAGAAAACUCACAUUGGUGGCGUGCCAAUAGUUGAAGUACCAUAAUUGACUAUGAAGACUAGAAGAAAUGCCAAAAAGGACAUUGAUCAAAUUGAAGAAGAAUUAUAAUAGGAGAUAUUGUACGAUAAGUUUGCAGGAACUGACAAUAAAAAAGCAGAUUAGAGAAAGAAAAAUGAAGAUGAUACUAAAACUGAUGAGGUUUUUAACUUUUGA